AUGAAGACUCCUUAUAACAAAGUCCACGUCCACGGACAGGUUCUCUUUGCUGCUCGUGGAGGCGCAAUCCAUACCUUCAAUCUCACAGACGGCAGCCACAUCUCAUCAUGGAAGCAUCCCGACGCCGACAAAGUUGCACAAUCUAUCAAAGCCAUAAACGAGGCCAAAGCCGAAGCUGCACUCACGAUAGAGGCGGACAAUCUAGUGACUGAAAGCGAUGGCCCGCCAGCUAAACGGCAAAAGCUGGAUGGUGACAGUGGGGGCGCUUCAGUAAAUGCAGAAGAUUCUGCUCCUACGACAGCUCAGGAUGAAAAGCCCCAGGUCGGCCAUUUCGACGGCAGAGGGAAGAAGGGCAAAGGGAAGGCUGCAAAAGAUUUUGAUAAUGGCAAAACCCGUUUCGCUCGUGUGCCUGACCGGCCUGUGAUCACUCAUCUAACAAGUACUCCCGAUGGAAGCCAUGUGGUGGCCAUAACAGGACACGACAAGAUCAUCUGGGUGUUUGAGCAUGAUGGACAUGGCCAGCUGAAGCAGCUUAGCCAAAGGACCAUGCCCAAGCGACCAAGCGCAGUUGCCAUUGGACCAGACUCUCAGAUCAUCAGCGCCGACAAGUUUGGAGACGUCUACGCCAUACCUCUCAUUAUCCCAGCCGAUGGAUCAAAGUCUUUGGCAUCACAAUCAUCUCUACCCCUGCCCUCCAAAAAGUCCUUUAAGCCCACUGCCACCACACUCACCGUCCACUCCAAAGGCAACCGUCUCGCUCUUCUCAACCAGAUCAAACAAGCCGAACUCGCCAACGAAUCCAAGGACGGCAACGGCGGCCCCGGUUUCGAACUCAACUUGCUGCUGGGACACGUCUCCAUGCUGACUGCCCUUGCUCUCGGCGAGCAGCAGGGACGCAGAUACAUCAUCACAGCAGACAGAGAUGAACAUAUCCGGCUGUCACGCUACAUUCCCCAAGCACACAUCAUUGAAAACUUUUGCUUUGGUCACAAGGAGUUCAUCAGUGACAUGGUUAUCCCUACGGCCAAACCAGAGAUCCUCAUCUCCGGAGGCGGUGAUGAAGAUAUCUUCGUUUGGAACUGGCUCGCCGGCAAGCAGCUUUUCAAGACAAGCAUCCUCUCUCUCGCCCAGGAAAUUGCUCCCGAAACUGCAACGAUUGCCGUCUCGGGUCUCUACACUCUGCCUUAUCCCUCCGAAGACGGCCCCAUGACCUACAUAUUGGCCAUCUGUGAAGACAUCAAAGCAAUUUUCUCAUGGAAACUCAACGAAAACAACGAGCUCCACUGCCCAGGCAUCAUCCAACUCCCCGGAAAGCCCCUCUCCCUCACCAUCUCCCCCAGCGACGACGCCGCUCCCACCGUCAUCGCCGCCAUUGAACCCGAUGCGGAAACCAAAGCUCAAAGCCUCCACGCUUUCCGCCUGACCAUGACCAACGGCAGACUGGCCGUGGAUGUUGAAUCCUGCUUCAAGGACAAGGAAGUAGAGGCAAACGAGCCCGAAAUUAGUCAAGAGGACGUCCGAGGGCUUUUGUACACUGUCGAGAGCCUGCGGAAGGUGGUCACUGGCGGGCCGGACGAAGAAGGGGGCUCGGAAACACCGCAGGGCAAUGUUGAUAGUGACGUGGCUGUAGAUGAUGCAGGUGAUGGCGAGGAGUAA